AUGCCUUCUGCAGCAGACACCAGGCCCCAGGACAACCCUUGGGAGAAUGUCGAUGCACCAACCAACGGCAGUAAUCUCAUAACGAAGACUCAUCGUGAGUCAUACGAAGAAAUAUCCCCCACCAGACCUGAGAUUUCUCAAGCCGGCCGUACUGUUCUCGUCGCCGGAGCCUCCACUGGAAUUGGCUUCAGCAUCGCCGAGUCCUUCGCCGCUGCAUCUGCCACUCGCCUCAUCAUCACUGGUCGUCGUCAGGAUGCCUUGGACAAGGCAGCCAAGAAGAUCAAGACGAAAUACCCCAAAGUUGAGGUCAGCCCUAUUGUCAAUGACUUUGCAGAUGAGACUGCCACUCGUGACUUUUGGAAGAAACUCGCAGAUGAUGGUAUCUUCGUCGAUGUUCUCGUUUUGAGUGCUGCGAAAAUGUGGCUGCCCAAUACUCUUCUUGGACUCGGAUAUGAGACCUUCAAGGAUGGCCUUGGCGUGAAUCUUGUUGCUCCGUAUCUAUGGACAAGUUUUUUCUAUAAGCAGCGAGAAGUUGACCCUUCCCGAAAGCUGGUUCUCCUCAAUCUCGCGACUAUCGCCAUCCAUGCAACUCAGCUCUCUGUUCCCAUUCCUCUUUACUCACUCACGAAGAGCGCUGGAACAAUGAUGAUGCAACACAUCGCAAUGACUGUACCCUCCAACGAGAUGCAGGUCAUCACCUUUGAGCCGGGACUUCACUACACCGAGUCUUUUGAGCGCUUCACCGACGAGAACAGUUUCCAGUGGGAUGAUAUCAAACUGCCUGGUGACUUUGCUGUUUGGGCAGCCUCUGAAGAAGCCGAGUUUCUCCAUGGCAGGUUUGUAUGGGCGAAGUGGGAUGUCAAUGAGCUGAAGGCUGGACCUUUGCGGAAGACGAUCGAGGGUAACCCUUCGCUUUUCAGAGUUGGCGUCAAUGGAUACUAA